AGAUAACUGUAUACGUAUGCUGGGCCUAGAUAGCCCCAAAAGUAUUGGAAAAUUAGCGAGAUAAUUAAUGUGGAAUAUUGUGCCCUGUUUUAAGUUUGGCAUUGCCCUGUUCUUUCUACUUGCAACAUCACUGCCAAUUAUUAAUUUUUUUUUUUUUUUAGUUUAGAAUCAUGAUCAUGGAAGGAUAUGGAUUGUUGCUGCUGUUAGCAUUUGCAGUGGCUGGGCAGGCUCUUCGCCCUCUUUCUGUCUUAACAUCAGAAGAUCAAACUAAAAUUCGAGCAGUGCUAGAGCAGGCUAAAUUCACAGAUAUUGCUCAUGCACAUUAUUCAAUCCUUGGGCUUACCCUGCUUGGUGCUCCUGCUCCAAAGGAUGCUUGUAAUUAUUUAAAAGCCAAUAUAGAUAUUAGUAAUGUUCAGUCGUUGUACCAUGCAACUGCAGCAGCUAAAGCUCUCGGCAACUGCCAGUUGAAUGCUGGCAAUGCUAAGCAGACUUUAAAUGGCGCCCUCAACGAGAGUGCUGACACUGCUACACUUUUUUAUGCUGUUUGUGCUCUGAAUAGUUUGAAUUUUCCAAUUAAUUCAGUUGAAGUAGCUAAACUUUUGAAAGCAGCGUUACAAAAAGACGAUAGUGUUAUAAGUCAAGUAUAUUCUCUUCAUGUUGCGUCAAUGUUGUCGGCAGAGACAGAUGUUACGGAAUAUGUGAAUUCUGUAGAAGAUAUUGCCGCACAAGGUGAUGAAAUAGAUGAAAUUUAUUUGCAGUUUGAAGGAGGUAUCCUGCCCUCAGCAUUGUUUAUUGAUGGUGCUUUAAAAGUUGCUGCAAAAGCCAACAAGAAACCUGUCCUCACUGAGGAGCAAGUUGUGAUGAUGGGAAACUACAUUCUGAGUCGAAAGUCCACACAAAAUGUCCGCAAUGCCUAUCUCGUUGUCCUUGCCACUAAAGCCCUCUCAGAUAAUAAGUUCUUUGUUCCUGUUGGUUUCACACUGUCAAGCAGUAUAACUGUCUCUCCAGUACAACCCAAGAUCAACGUCCAAGUUACAAACCUGAUGGCCGGAUCCGUUGGUCAGCUGACCGUUUCAACCAAAUCAGCAGUACGGAAGUCGGACGGUUCUAAAUUGUUUGCAGAGAAAAAACUAACUGCAGCUUCCGACAAAACACAUUUUGAAUUAAAUUUCCUGGAAAGCAAACCAGCGCCUGGAUUUUAUGACGUCACUUUGGUGGCUAAGCCUGCAAAGGCUGAUAGCCGAUUAAUUGGCCUGUCUGAGGGCAGUAUUACUGUCAAGGUCGUUACUGAGGUCGCUGUAGAAGGGGUGGAGCUUCUUGUGAUUGACAGAGAUCAGAGCAUUACAACAAAGACUGUCAGUGUACAACAUCCAAAGAAGUUGGCAUCUGUUCUUGAAGCUGACCAUCAUCAAAACAUCAUGCUGAAGUUCACUCUCAAAGAUAAGGCUACAAACAAACCAAUGGCUGUCCACCAGGCCUUUAUUCGCAUGGCAAAUGUAAAGACAAAGCAGGAAGUGAUCUUCACCUCGGAUCGCUCUGAAACCCUUCAGUACUCCUUCAAACUGGAUGUAGCUCAGAGUGGCCGAGAUCACUUCAGUGCCCUCUCUGGCAAGUACUCGAUGGAACUGAUUGUUGGCGAUGCAUCCAUUCAAAACCCAUUUCUCUGGCAUGUUGCUGAUUUGAACCUGAAACUCAAUGAGGACCCAAAUAAAAAAGCUCCAGAAGUGAAAGGAAUUGAAUACAAAGCAAAAGAUCCAAUCGACCACAUGUUCCGAGUCCCAGAGAAACGUCCCUCCAAGACUGUGUCGAGCGUCUUUACAGGGCUCAUUGCAAUACCAUUGAUCAUUCUUCUCGCUUUGUGGGCUAAACUUGGAGUAAAUCUUGGGAACAUGCCAAUGUCUCUGAGUGCCAUUGGAUUCCAUGUUGGCCUAGCUUCUAUUCUUGGUCUUAUGUACUGCUACUGGGCUUAUCUUAAUAUGUUCCAAACUGUUCGUUACUUAACAGUAAUAGGUAUUGUUACAUUUAUUUGUGGCAAUAGGCUACUAGGGAGCAUUGCAGCAAGAAAGUUAGCACGUUCACCACGUUUCAAGGGGAUAAGAUGAGAGAAGAAGACCUCAAUUUCUACCAAGCAUCAGGAUGGUAAAUUUUCAAAACUCGCAUCCAGACUCAUUAAAAAAAAUAAUUAAAAAAACACACAAAUUCUACAACAGAAAUAGAUAAUGCACAGUUAGGAAGUUUUACAGUAACAAAUUUCAAGAAUUCUGCCUUUAAAAAAUGAUGAUGAAUUUCAUAAAAUAAAUUUUUAUAUUUUCAAAUAUAUUGUGACGCCUCUUUCGAUAAUGAUUAUUUAAGAUUAGAUUCCUGUCCACAUUAUCAAUUUAAUAUAUGACAAAUGUCUGUGAUUUGCCCAUUUAUGGGGCAUGAUGACAUCAUGUUUUUGUCAUGUAAAACUUGAUAGUUAAUCCGGGCACUCACUAUGUUGUAUGACCAUCGCACAACGAAUCCAAGUUCGUUCUCUGGACGUAUCAUCAUUGAAAAUGAUCCGUUGUGUGCGUGUCGUGUCGUGUUGCGUUCUCAAUAGAAUCGAGACGACUUGUGCGUAGUGAGUACCUGACUUUCUGGACAGAGCAUUAGAAAAAUAUUUUGUUAAUUAAAAUCACAUGAAUAGUGGAAUAAGUUAAGAUGCAAUUUGUGUAGUUGAUACAUACAGCUCUGCACUAUUAUUCAAUAUGAAUUAGGUUACCAAGCCAUGUUAGGCAAUCAAUGUUUAGUUUAUUUCAUAUUUCAACAAUCAGUGCUUGAUGUAAUAUUAUUUUUUAAUGUGAUAUUACAAAUAAUCCAAAAUGGACUAUAUUUAAUCUUGCUGGUACAUCACCCUCUAUUUAAGUCGUAAUGUUUUUAAUGUUGAUUAAAUUUUGCUUGUAUUUUAAAAUUCUUAUUAUCUUUAGUUAUUAUUUAGUUGCUAUAAUGCAGGUUUUGUGAUUGGAAUUAAUUGUGCUGGACCAUGAAGAAAUAUACAUUUAAUCAGAUUAUCUAAUCUAUUAACAUCUAUCACAAGUUUAAUUUUUUUAAGCUUGGUUUCUGUACAAAUUACUACACAGUCGCUACAGCGUUUUCACUGCAAACCUUGAACUGCGUAGCUGUCCCUGCAAUCAGGGACGCUCUGAUUGAUCUGACCAUCAGCGUCUGUCGCCAAAGGAGUCGACGAUAGCAUGUUGCGAUUUUUAUGUCUGAUAGGUAUCCACACUGGACUGGUCAUCCAUCUUCUGGUUCUAUAAUUGUCAUUUAAAUUUUUAAAUAAUGUCACAUUUUGAUGUCAUUAUUUUGGGUGUAAAGCUUUGUCCACAUUAUCAUUGUCGAGUUUUAUGUGACAAAACUUGAUUUGCUCAUUUGUGUAAUAUGGCAUGGGUGUAAAAAAUUAUGGCUAAUAAAUAAUUUGACAUUGAAUUAAUUAGUUGUAGUCUUUUCUAGUUCAGUGAUUGCCUAUUCUGUAUGAGCUACUCUUGGGCAAAAUGCAGGAGUUUUGUAACCGUAAGAUAACUAAUUACAGUACUGUGUAGAGUAAUUGACAAAUUACCUUUCCCAAAUAUGGGCAAUCACAGAAUUUUGUCACCAAGUAAUUAUUUGAUGUGUGUACAGAGCCUGAUGAAUUUGCCAUACAUCAUUACUGUCAGUGUUUUUCAGAUGUGUUUAUCAAUGAUGUGAUUGGGGUUAUGGUUUCCUAAGCUAGGAUUUGUGAGGAGUAGGCAACUUUAUUUUAUUUUCCUCCCUUGGUCAUUUGAAUGAUGAGAUUAAUUACUUUCUACAGGUCACAUACUAAAAGAGAUUAUCAAUAAGGAUGUACAUUUGUUAUAUGACACUAAAAAGGAUUUGAUUUCAUUAAAAGUGCCCAAAAUAUA